AUGAAUGAACAAAAUAUUGAAACAUUUUUAUCAUCGGAUGAAUUAAGGUUAAAAAUAAUGAAUGAAGGUAGAACAGGUCGUGUAGAAGUUAAUCAACGAAUGUUAAUUGAUAAAAUGUUGGCACGUUAUUCAUCUGAAUUUGUUGUUUAUCGAGAAUUAAUUCAAAAUUCAGAUGAUGCUCAAUCAACAUCAUUUACUCUUGAAAUAACUUGUGAUCCAUCGACUGCAAAAAUAAAUUAUGAAUCGAUUAAUAAAGAUCAUUUAUCCAUUAAUCAAAGAAAAAAGUCGAAAAUUUUAACCGGUAUUGGAGAACGAUUAAAAAAUCAUCAGAAAACAAAUACAAUAAAUUCAAAUAAAGAUUUAAAUAAUAAUUUAUUCAAUAAUCAAUAUUCAUUUGAAAAUAAUUUUAAUAAUUAUGAUUGGAAACGAAUUAUAACUAUUGCUGAAGGAAAUACAAAUGUUGAUGCUAUUGGACAAUUUGGUGUUGGAUUUUUUUCAGUUUUUUCUUAUUCCGAACAACCUAUGAUUGUAUCUGGUAAAAAUUGUUUAGUAUUUUCAUGGCAAAAUGGAAAAACAUUAGUAACAUUUCGUAAGGAAUUAUCCGAUGAUCAACAACAAUCUUCAACUUCAAUUAUACUUAAAAUGAAAAAUAAAUAUAUUUUAAAAACAAAAUCAACUUUAGAAAUCAAUGAAACAUAUAAUAGUCUUCAGACAUCAACAAAAUCAAAUAAAAAUAUACUUACAAAUGAAACCGUAUCUACAAUGGAUUUAAUACAACUGAAAUUUUUUUUUACAAAAAUUCUUUCCUUUACUAAAUAUGUCAAUGAAUUAAUUAUUAAAAUAAAUGGUUUAAUAGUUUUUCAAGUUAAUAAAACAAAACAAAAUUUAUCAACUAAAUUAUCAAUAGCAGCAAAUAAGUUUAUACUAAAUAAAACAUAUAAUUUUCUUCGAUUUAAUUCAUUGACACAAACGGAACAAAAAUUUUCUAUUCAUAAUGGUCCAUCAAUAACAUUUAAUCAUAUUGAUAUUCAAGCUGAAUUAAUCAUUGAUAAAAAUUUUCAUAAACAAAUUCAAAAUGUUCUUAAAAAGAGUUUACCUUCAAUUUUACAUAUUCAAUUUUUAUUUCCAUCAACUAAAAUAUUUGAUGAACAAGAAUCGAAAUUAUUAAUAAAUAAUAAUUUAAAUAAUCAAAUAUUAAAAGAAUUAAUUCCAUUAAAAUUUCAUAAUCAAGAAAUUUUUCCAUCUGGUCAAAUAUUUAUUGGUUCAGCAACACAUCAAACAACAGGUAUUGGUAUGCAUUUAUUUACUCUUUUUAUUCCAACAAUUGAACGUGAAAAUAUUGAUCUACAAGAUCCAUAUAUUUCAAUUUGGAAUGAACAACUUCUUAUAUCAAUUGGAAAAAUUAUUAGAUUUAUUUAUGAUCAAACUAUUCUUGAUAUUGAGAAUAAUAUUCAACAGGAAAUCAAUCAACAACUCAAUCUUAUUCUUGCUUCUUAUGCAUUUCAAACAUCAGCACCAAAUAAAGAUAUUAGUGAUUUUCUUCUUGAUGGAUUUUUUUCAUCGAAUGAAGAUAUUCUUGUUCCAGUAAAACAAUCUCCAUCACAUACUUAUCUUUCAUUAAUUUCAUCAACACAAGCUUUUUUAACAAAUUCUAAACAUAUUGAAAAAUUUCUUCCUAUACCUCUUGUUCCUUUUACUAUUGGAAAACAUAAUUUUUUUAAAGUUUUAAAAGAACAUCAAUGGAUUGAAGAAAUUGAUAAUGAAACAAUUUUAUUUAAAAUUCAUCAAUCGAUUUUUUUAUUGAAUGAAUUUAUUGAAUUACUUCAUUGGUUAUGUAAAUAUGAUAUAGAUAAUAAUGAUAAAUCUUAUAUAAAGCGUGUUCUUUCGAAAAUCCAUUAUCGUGAAACUCAUCAAUCAUGUAUUAUUAAAUUAGAAAAUAUUACAUUUUAUCAUACUUUAAAUAUAUGUUCUCUUCCAUUGCCAUCCAAUGUAUUACCAUCGAAUAUAGCUGGUCAUAUAUCUCGUGAAAAUUUACAAACACGAUUAUCAUUAUCAGCAAUAUCACCAAAGAAUUUAGUUGAAUAUUAUCCCAAUGAAAAUCAACAACAACUUUUUCAUAAUGAAAAUACAUCUAAAAUUCUUCUUAGUUUUAUUUGUCAAUAUUGGAAUCAAUUUAAUGAUAUUGAAUUAAAUAAAAUAAAAAAUAGUUUAUCUCAUAUGGAAUGUAUUCCAACAAGUCAAGGUAUGAAAUCACCGAAUGAAUCAUAUAUUCGAUCAUUAAAUUUAUCUCCUGAUUUACCUAUAAUUACACUUUAUAUUCCAUCACUUGAGAAAUCUAAUAACCAAGAAGAAAAACAAGAAUCAAUAGAUUAUUCAGUAUCUAUUGAUUUUCUUAGAUCAAUCGGUUGUCGAACAAUUUAUAUACCAACAUUAACAAAUACUUGUCAUAUUGAAUCAAAUAUUUCAACAAACAAUUCACAAAUACUUGAACAUUUUAUUCAAGAUUUAUUAAAACAACGUAAACAUAUGAGUGACAAUGAUUUUCAUGCAUUAAAACAUAAUCAAUCUAUUACAGGAACAACGUUAAAGUCGAAUAAUGAAAUGAAACAUAAAUAUAAACCAAGUGAUCUUCAUUUUCCAUCAGUAGCAAUUCGUCUUCAAUGGAACGAAUUACCCAUAAUUGAUUGGAUAGAUAUUGAUCCACAUUCACAAGAAUAUUCUUUUCUUAGAGAACUUGGUGUAAGAGAAGUACCAGAUUUAUAUCAAUUAUUGAAUCGAAUUGAUCAAGAACAUCAAUAUGGAUCAAAAAAAAUAUCCAAUUAUCAAUUACCAAAAUCACUUAUAUUUUUUGCAGAAAAUUUUCAAGAACAUUAUUCCAAAGUAUGGAAAAAGUCAGAUAUUGAAAAAUUUUUUCUUCCAUCAUCUACUUAUUAUGUCAAUCAUUCAACAAAAGUUAUAUUAAGAACACCUGAAAUUAUUUUUCAAGAACCAAAUCCAAUAUUUCCAUGUUUGCUUCCUGAUGUACUUCGAUAUUUUUCACAAUAUUUUAAUAUUAGUUUACUUGGUGUUGAAAAACAUCCUUCCUUAUCCAUAGCUUUUAAUAUACUAAUGAAAAAAAGAAAUCAAUUAUUAACGUAUCAAACUGCUGCAAUAUAUUUUGCUUAUUUUAAUACGUUAGAUGGUCUGAAUACAACAUUUAUUCAAAAUAUUUCAAAUAUUUCAUUUAUUCCUCUAUCAGAAAACAAUAUCUAUUGUAAACCAUCACAAGUAUUUAUUCGUUCAAAAAGUUCAACAACCGAUAAAAUAUCUCAAGAUAAUAAUAAUAAUAAUAAUGUAUUCGAUGAUGAAAUAGCACGUGGUCUUAUUGAUUAUAUAGAUUAUAGUGAUGAGGCUAAUUCAUUUCUUCUUAAUAUUGGAGUUCGUCACUUUCCAUCAGCAGAAAAUCUUGCUGAUUUACUUAUUGAUCGACAAGAAAUAUAUUUUAAGCGAAAUGAAGAUACGAGCGAUCAAGUUCUAUCAGCUAAAGUACGUUUUUAUACAAAUUGUUUAAUGCAAUUAUCGAUUGUAUCAAAUACAACACAACAAUUAUAUGUUGAACCAUUACGUAGUCGUUUAAUUAAUAAACCAUGGUGUUUAGCUUAUCAAAUUCCGGAAGGAUCCAAUGAAAUUAAAUAUCAAGAAUUUCAAAUUACGAAACCAAGUGAUAUUUAUUUAGAUGAUGAUAAUCAAUAUGCUAUUAAACUUCGACCAUUAUGUGCACCUGAAGAAAAGCAAUUAAUUCAAUUAUAUAAAAAAUUUGGUGCAAAAUGGAUAUCCGAUUGUGUUGAACGAACUUUAAUAAAUCUAGGUUUAUGUUUAUAA